UAUUUUCGAAAAUCAUGCUAUUAUGGGUGCAAAACUUUGGUUUCAAGUCUUCUUCGCGAUGGUGCCAAUCCUAAUGAUCUUCACCAUAAAUAUCAAUAUACACCACUUAUGUUUGCAGCCAUAUCUGGAAAAGAAGAAAUUUGUCGUAUACUUAUGGAUGCUGGUGCCUAUGCAGAUAUUAAAAAUUCCAUUGGCAAAACUGCUGUAGAAAUGGCUGCACUUGUUGGUAAACAUGAAUGUGUAUCGGUUAUUAAUUCUCAUAUUGGGCUUGGAGAAGUUGAACGCAUAGUAUAUCCAAGUGAUGGUAAAAACAAUAAAAAAUAUCCUGUCGAUUUCGUCAAACUAGCACAUGUUACAGUGAGAACGCAUCAUAUCCAUCCAGUCAAACUCGUUUUAUUUAUGCAACGUAAUCCAACAUUGUUGCAAAAUCGCGAAAAAUAUUUGUAUGUGAUUGAUCGUAUUUUCGAGCGACAACUCCGAUAUAACAAUGCAAAUGAGGUAUUGUCAGUGAAGUUAUGGAUCAUAUUAUUCAUUCUCAGGCAAGCAAAUACAUUUGUCAGCAAUAAUAUUGAUAGUGGAAAAACAAUUUCCCGCCUUCUUUUAAUAUAUGCAAAACACGUUUUGGCUAUGAAACCGAAUGAUAUGGUACGACCGAGAAUUGAAACUAUUUUACGAAACGCUAUCAAAUCUUAUCCGUAUUAUAAUCUGUUAUUGGUGCAGAUGCUCGCUAAAGCUCUUUCUCGUGGAUCUCUACCCGGCGCUUAUUUUUUUGUUAUGCAAGCCUUGUUUGGACAUCAGAUGGCUUCUUUUGCCAAAUUUUGUUCUACUUGUGGAGUACCUGACGCACAUAAGUGUUGCUGUAAUUGUAAGACACUAUACUGCAGUAUUAAUUGCCAGAAAUUCGACUGGCAUAUUCAUAAAAAAUGUUGUAGUACGAUCGAAAUUUCACCACCUACUCCUGCCGAUGAAAUAGUCGAUGAACUUGAUGUAAGUUAUUCUAAAAUUGCAAUUUCUCAUUAUAUAUCUUUAAAUAUAUAA